AUGGAAAGUACAAAAAGGUAUAUAGAGAGAGGGUCCACCUGGCAGAUACCCCUUGUUGGCCGAAAAGGUUCCGAUGCCGUUAUGCAGGGCCGGCCCAAUACAUGUGCCAUAUGGGCCUUCGCCCAGGGCAUCAUCGAAGGUGCCGCGGAGGAGCGAUUGAGGGAAGCAAUAGAGGAGCUCCAUAGGAGUCAGAGGACGGUGGCGAGUGGCGACAACCCCCCGUGCGACCAUGCUGAUAACUCCUACGUGGCCAACGCCAUUGGCAAUCUUUGCCAAACUUUUCUCCUUUCUUAUGGUGUUAGAGUGGGCAUCGGGAUUCUUCUCCGCGCUUUCAAGCUCGCCAGAAGACAGUAUUAUUCUUCGCUUCUUGAUCUCAAACAACUUGUCUCGGAGAAAGAUUUGAUUGUGAGAGAGGAAGCAUGCCGCAUUGGUUUACUUUUUGGAGGUUUCACAGGGUCAUACCAUUUGCUUAGAUGUUUAUUAAGGAAGCUGAGAAAGAAAGAGACACCAGUGAAUGCACUUUUAGCAGGUUCAAUUGCAGGGUUGUCUAUUUUGGCUUUGGAUGAUUCAAGCCGAAGACGUACUCUUGCACUGUAUCUUUUGGCUAGAUUAGCCCAGUGUGCUUACAAUUCUGCAAAGUCGAAAAAUAGAUUUCACUUUUGGGGAAGUCAUUGGAAGCAUGGUGACUCUCUGCACUUUUCUUUAGCAUGUGCCCAGGUAAUGUAAAGCUCAAUUUGUUAUUUUAUCUGUAUACACCAAUUUGAUGAUAGUGGAACAUUCAAAACACUAGAAAUUGUU